CCAGGGAGAGCGCGCUCCUCCUCUCCACGCUUCAGACCUGCGGACACACCAGCGGGACACUUUUUCAAGAAACAAGCGCUUCACUUAACAACCGUCCACCGCGCUCCUCUCCUCGGAAACCGUUGUUCCACCUUCGCCGCUGCUUCUCUGUGAGCUCUCGGAGGGAUUACCGGGGAGGACGGAGGAGGGAUGGAGAGGUCCCGUUAAAGUUGAAAGCACAAGAGAAGCUCAGUCUGUCUGCGGCUCCUCCGGUGCUCCCACCGCGCUGAGCGAGCGGCUGUCCCCGCCUCGGAGGCCAUGGGCUGCGGCUUGCGGAAACUGGAAGACCCGGAGGACAGCAGCCCCGGGAAGAUCUACUCCACCUUGAAGAGACCACAAGUGGAGUCCAAAACGGAUACUGUGUACGAGUAUGUGCUGCUCGACUUCAGUCUGGAAGGUAGCCGUCCCACAGUGCAGUAUGUGGCCUCACUUUCCGAGCUGCCCCAGGCCCUGCAGCCCUACUACACACAAGGCUACAUCCUGACCGCCCUGCACCCUAUCAUCCUGUCUGUGGGCCGGACCCGCUCACUGCCCUUCAGCUUGCUCUACCGCGCCAUCCUGGCCCGUCCCAGACCCAGUAAGCAGACGGCGUCCAUGUGUCACAGCGUGCCAAUGUUGAAGGUAGAGGAGUGGCCGUUACCUGGAGAGUCACUGACGGGUGACACGGUCAGAGCACUCAUCGACAGGGUGAACAGCAGCGCCCGGGGGGGCGUUCGAUUCAUCGGCUCGGUCCUCCAGCAGGUGAGCGGGAUCACCAACGGCAGGGUGCACAGUCCAAAGAGGGGCUGUCGCUCCCCUCCACACACCCCUCCUGGUACGCCGCCUGGAGACAGAGAGCUGGAGGAAAACACCUACAGCCCUGACUUGAGGUUGUUGGUCUUCUUCCACUCCUGGGCUCCAGGCUGUGCUCCUCUAGACUCACUGGCCUGUCAGUACCACCAGGGGGCGCUCUCAAUGCGUGUUUCCAGGAAGGGCCAGGUGGUUAGUGCCCUGGAAGCUGAUUGGCUAGAGCUGACUGCCGCCUACUACCGCAAAGGCUGGUCGUUGGUGGACUCGUUCGUUUACUGGGACACGCCUAAAGGCUUUGUCCGUGCACAGCGACGUGUCCAGCCGCUCUGUAAGUCGUGCGGUCAGCAGCCCUGUCCCUCCUGAGGAACUGUCUCCAACCGCCGGGGGCAUCGGGGGCUUCCCGGUGUUCGGUGGAGGGUAUCCCAGCGCCCUGUCCCACCUGGAGGAAGGUGGCUUUGAGCAGGAGGAGGGAAAAGCUGAAGUCACCUGUAUGUGAGCAGGAAAGCAGACGUUGUCAAGUUGAGGAUUUAAACAGUGCUGGAUUACUGAAGAGACCAUAUCAGUGAAAAAUGAACUCUGGGAAGUCGACAAACUCUUCAUCGGCCAUCACGCUCAUGUUCCUUUCAACAGAGACUUUAAAGUAGAAGAACUUGGCACUUUUUUUUAAUAUGUUUUAAAUGAAGCCAUAAUGAGAAUGAGGUAUUAUUUAGAAAUGGAUCUUUGUCCAAACUUUUAUAUAGACCUGUUAGGAGAGAAACUAGUCAAUGGGAGACACUUUACACAUAUUUAAAUCCACUUUCUGAUCAGUUCAGGUGCUCAUGGAAGAUUGUCACAAUACUAUAAAGCAUAAACACGUUCAGAUUUCUGCCCAUUAUGGAAACUACACUGGUGGCGAAAUGAGGGAAAAGGGGCUCUACUUUCUGUCUGACCCAGCUCACGAGUCACAAUUUUGAUUUGCAUUUUUAUUCACCCUCCCAACCUUUGUUCCUCUACCUCCAAGAUUCCUUGAAACUUCCCCCAAUGGGCGGAGGCAGGAUGUGAAUAUUCAUCCAGGAGGCUGUCACAGUUUCCUGCGUGCGUUGGUACUGACAAUACACAGGCUGACAUCUGAUACAGUACCUGCGGGCCUCAGUGAAUGUGCUGGCUGCCUAAUAUAGUACAUUUGUGCAGUGUUCCUCUGGAGGAUUUGAGAGUUCAGGUGCUAUUAGUAGCUUUUCCGUGUUGUAAACUGGAGACAUAUCAGUGUGUUGAUCCCUAAGCUGGGUACAAAAUUAACUUUUCUGUCUACCGGCCAAAUGGCUAGUGAAUGUUCAGACCAGCCUCUCAGUAGAUAACCGUCGUUUGUUUUCAGCUGGUAAAUGAAACAAAUCUACCAGCCACUUGCAUGUUUUACCAGCAUUCAGUCCACACACCCUCCUGAAGUUCAAUUUAACUGGUGCCAUUUCACAAUCAUUCUGGAAAUGGUUAUGGCUCCUGUAUAUGUUUGAAAGUAUUUUUUAAAUAUUUGAUCCAUGGAGCUGUGGUUCCCACACGCCCUGAAAACCUGGAAAUGUACAGACUAGUUUGUUGUCCUGGUAAUGUUUAAAGUAUUUUAGCCUGUGCUGUGGCCAGAAUAAUGUUGGAGGAAAGCUGCAGUCAGUAUACCUUUUUCACAACAGCCAUUUUGAAAGAGAAAGGCUCUGCUAAACUAAAUGGAACGGAGCCUUUAUUAGUGUCAUUGGUAACAGCUAUGCUUACCCCAAUAUUUUAUGUCAAAAUGGCUGCUGUGAAAAAGGUCUAUGCAGAAAACAGAAAAAUCGGCUGCGGGGAGAACAGCCAAGAGCUAACACGAAGUGUCAUAUAAACGAUGGUUUGUGAGAAAGUGCUGUCCUGGAUUGUCAAGAGAAACUCCUGGAGGUGUUGGAUAAUGAUUUGUUGAAAGGAGCGGGAACCCUCUCGUACUUUUCUUCAGUCAAAUCUUUUUAAAUGGCUGCUUUACAGCUGAUACGGUACUGGCAAUAUACCUGCUCUCUGUAAUGGAUGAAGUUCUUCAGAAACAAAACGAUAAGGACUGUAUUUUUUAAAGGUGACGGUUGUAGGGCAGCCUUAGGAAGUACUACAGCAGCAGAUAAAGCCUUCUGUGGGUGCAGAAGGAGCUGCGGGAAAUGUCGGUUGGGGCUUAAGACUGCAAGUAGUGAGCUGUGACCCAACUGCCAGCGGUUGGGUUGCAUUGUGGGUAAUGGACACCAGGUUUUGACAAGAAUUUGUUGGAUUAAAAAAAAAAAGACUGCUCUGCUGCAUUGAUUUUGAUACUUUUUUAAAUGUCCAUCCAGUCUGAGUGUCUGGUGUCUUUUAAUGCAGUGAAAGGGAUGCAGUUGCUUUUCAAGGACACACUGCAGUUUUAUAUAUCUUAAUGUUAGUAUUCGUAAUAGCAAAAAAUGAGUUUGACCUAAUUGUGAUGCAUGUUAUUUUGCUUUUGGGGGAGGAAAGGGAUCAAAUGCACCGAAAGUAUAGUUUUAGGUAUUCCAGUGAUGUAUGCAUACAUGUUUUAAAUGGAUGUAUUUAACUCAGCAAAGGCUUACUAAAUGUCAGUAUUAAUAUUCCAGCCUUUCCUUCUGAGAGAGCUGUACAUUUUACUUCCUUUGUCAUUGGUGUUUGUAUUGUAUUAAACACUUAUUUCCCAUGG